CACUUUGGAUGCAACUAUUUUCUAGUAUUUCCGUCUCCUUGUUGUUGGAAGAGACUCAGUUAUUUAGUAUUUAUUGUGAGUUUGAAGAGAUUCAGUUCCAUCUCCUUGGUGUUUUCAAAGAAUCGAUCCUAAUGAUGAAGCCCCGUCUCCUGGUCCUGUACGGGAGUCAGACUGGAACCGCCCAGGACACGGCUCAGAGGAUCCUACGACAGGCCAAGAGGAAGUGGCUGCAGGUUCAAGUGUUGGCUCUGGAUAGUUACAACGUGGCCGACUUGAUCUCAGAGCCUCUGGUGGUUUUUGUGUGUUCCACCACCGGACAAGGAGAACCUCCAGACAACAUGAAGAACUUCUGGAGGUUUCUCUUCAAGAAGUCUUUACCUGUUGGAUCUCUCAGUCGACUGGACUGUGCAGUUCUGGGCCUCGGGGACUCGUCCUAUCCAAAGUUCAACUUUGUGGCCAAGAAGCUUCAUAAGCGCCUCCUGCAGCUCGGGGCCCGUGCACUGCUUCCUGUCGGGCUGGUCGAUGACCAACAUGAUCUGGGUUCGGACGCUGUGAUCGACCCGUGGCUCGCUUCAUUUUGGGAGAAGGUGUUUGUCUUGUGUCCGUCUGUGGCUGAUGUGGCUCCACUGAGGGACGAUGAACCACUCCCUCCAACAUACAUGUUCCACUUCCUGGAUGACGUGAAGGAGGAGGCCGACAACAGGCUGAGGAACACGGAGCAAACUGUCCACUCCGCGUCUCGACCCUUUCCCGCUAGACUGGUGUCCAACAGGAGAGUAUCAGACGUGUCCCACUUCCAGGAUGUGAGGCUCAUAGAGUUUGACAUCACUGGAUCCAACAUCGAGUUUGGUGCCGGUGACGUGGUGAACAUACGUCCCUGUAACGCACCAGAAGACGUAGGACAAUUCUGCCGUCUGCUGAGAUUAGAUCCAGAGGCCAGAUUCACGCUCAGAGCCACGGACAACACUGCAGUUCCAGCCAGACUUCCUCAGCCUUGCACUGUGCGCCACCUGGUGGAGAGCUACCUGGACAUCGCCGCUGUGCCUCGUCGCUCCUUCUUUGAGCUGCUGUCCACGUUCGCCACCAACGAGCUGGAGCGGGAGAAGCUGGUGGAGUUUAGCUCGGCUGUAGGUCAGACCGAGCUGCACAGCUACUGCAACCAACCGCGACGCACCGCACUGGAGGUUUUGGCAGAUUUCCCAAACACUACAGCCGAACUCAAAGUGGAUUAUCUCCUGGAUCUUUUCCCUGAGAUCCAGCAUCGAUCUUUCUCCAUCGCCUCCUCUCUCCAGGUUCAUCCAAACAGGCUUCAGAUCCUCGUCGCUGUUGUUCGCUACAAAACCAAGUUGUAUAAACCACGAAGAGGCCUCUGCUCCACCUGGUUAUCCUCCCUGGACCCUGAACAAGGGGACGUGUGCGUUCCUCUGUGGGUGAAGAAGGGAAGUCUGAAGUUCCCUACAGAGCAGGACACUCCUGUCAUCAUGGUCGGACCUGGAACAGGAGUGGCACCGUUCAGGUCGGCGUUACAAGAGAGGAGCGCUGAGGGAAAAACCGCCAACGUCCUGUUCUUCGGCUGUCGCUCCGAGUCCAAGGACUUUUACUUCAGGUCCGAGUGGGAGGAGAUGACGGAGGCCGGACAUCUGACCCUCUUCACUGCCUUCUCACGAGACCAGGAGGAGAAGGUGUACGUGCAGCACCGCGUGACGGAGAACGCUGCGCUCCUUUGGGAUCUGAUCGCUAAUAAACGUGGCUGCUUCUACAUCGCUGGAAAUGCUAAACAGAUGCCAGCCAGCGUGAGCGACGCUUUGAGAGGCGCGUUCCAGCAGGAAGGGGGUGUGUCCGCAGAGGAAGCCGAGCAAAUGCUGGUGGCCAUGGAGAGGGCGGGGCGACUCCAGAGCGAGACGUGGUCUUGAUCACGUGUUGACUGUGACACAGGAUCGAGGCGUGUUUGUUCACGAGCAUGUUUGAACAUUAAAGUUUGGUCUGUACCUUCAU